ACCCACACAUGUAUCAUGUUGCUGCUGCACUAUAUCAAACGUUGACCAUCUUUAGGAGCACUAAAAAAAACACAUACACUACAAUCUAUAAAUAUUGACCACUUAAACAAGCCAAUGCAACAUACCAUCAAAUAUUUUGUUAUACACAAUACUUAAGCCAUAACAUGUACACUACAAAACUCCAUCUUCUUCCUCUCUUUCUUGUUCUCCUACCUUUCCUCGUCCAGGCACGCUGUUAUGGCGAUCGUCGCGGCGGCAUAGCCAUAUACUGGGGCCAGAAUGGAAAUGAAGGACGUCUCAAUGAAACUUGUGCCACUGGAAGAUACAAAUAUGUCAACUUAGCCUUUCUUAACAUAUUUGGAGGGGGACAAGUUCCCUCCUUAAACCUAGCUGGUCAUUGUGAUCCAGGCUCUGGUGGGUGUGUUGGCCUAUCUAGUGAAAUCGAGUUUUGUCAAUCACGAGGUAUUAAGCUUCUUCUCUCCCUAGGAGGUGGCAUAGGGAACUACUCAUUCUCAUCUAGGAAGGAUGCCAAAAACUUUGCACAAUAUUUAUGGGACAACUUUUUAGGUGGUCAUUCAAACUCUAGACCUCUAGGAAAUGCAGCGUUAGAUGGUAUUGAUUUUGAUAUUGAGUCGGGUUCAACCUUAUAUUGGGAUGAUUUAGCACGAUUUCUUCAUAGGUUUAAUAGGAGGAGAGGAAGGAAGGUGUACCUAGGUGCGGCCCCUCAAUGUCCAUUUCCUGAUAGGUUUUUAGGCACGCCUUUAGAAACAGGACUUUUUGACUAUGUAUGGGUCCAAUUUUACAACAACCCACCAUGUCAUUAUAAUGGUAACAUUACUAACCUUAUCGAGUCAUGGAACUUGUGGAGCUCACGAAACUACAUAAAGAAGUUGUUCAUGGGGUUGCCCGCCGCCCCGCAAGCCGCCGGAAGUGGAUAUUUACCGCCAGAUGUGCUGAUCUCUCAAGUUCUACUUAUAAUUAAGAGAUCACCCAAAUAUGGAGGGGUUAUGUUUUGGUCCAAGUUUUGGGACGAUCAAAGUGGUUACACUCAAGAAAUUGUCAACUUUGUUUAAAUUGUUAUUUUGUAUAACUACAAUAUCUGUAUUCUCUUAAUAAUUGGAUGUAAUAAGUUUGGAAGAUUUGAUCAUCUAGCUAUGAAUGCGACUUCAAUAAUAGUUGAAUAUUUAUGUAA